AUGCUGACUUCGGCGUCGACGGCCAUGAUCGUGACCAUGGCGGUCUUCAUGGUCGUCUCCGGUCUUUCGGUUGCGCUUCGGCUUCAUUUGCGGAGGCAGAGGCGAAUAUCCUUGGAGGCCGACGACUAUUUAGUUGUCGCAGCCUGGGUUUUCGCUGCAGCACUGGCCAUCACUAACAUCGUCGGCGUACCUGUUGGCGGGUUUGGAACGCCAUAUGAAGAACUUGGCGAUGAAAAGGCCGAAAAAUUCCUAAAAAUCUUCUUCAUACUUCAAUUCUGGUACAUCAUCUCCGUCGCCCUGGUCAAAUUCUCCAUUCUCUUCCUCUACGGCCGCGUGUUUGGAAUCGGCCGAUUCCCGAGUUCAGUCUUGGUCCUACUCGGGAUCACAGCUGCGUGGCUUAUAUCGUUUCUCUUUGCAACCUUUUUCCAGAUCUGGCCGCUGCGCUGUAAUUGGGUGGCGUGUGAUCCGACCACCAACUAUGCCGUCAUGUAUGUGCUAUCGAGCGUGACGGACAUUGUCAUUGAUAUUAGUAUCCUGGCUCUGCCAGUCUUCUUCAUCCGGAAGCUUCGCUUCAGCACAAACCAGAAAAUCGGGGUAUGCGGGAUCUUUGGGCUUGGGAUUUUCUGUGUGGUCUCGUCUGUAGCGCGUCUUGCGUAUACUGUGAUAUUCCAAAUCUCCAACAUCGAAGGAAACUACGCCGUCAAUUUCAAUACCGCCGUCGUAAACAUCAUCAUGUGGUCCGGAAUCGAAGUGUGUGCCUCGGUCCUCUGCGCAAACCUGCCCUGCUACGGCCCAUUGAUUAGCCGCGCUCGCAAUGCCUCGCCCAUCAGCCAGACAAUCACUUCGUUCUUCUCUAUCAGACCUAGCAGACGUCUAAGAAGCGAUCGCCUCAGAAGCGAUUCUCUGAAGCGGACUUCGGUGCAGAGUCCGUCUGCUUCGCGAGAAAAUAUCCUGGGAUUGAAGUCUGCUACGGAGAACAUUAUUGAAAGUCGAAAUCUUGGAGAUACGCCGAGUGAUGGGUUGAAUAUGGAAUUGGGCGGGAUACGAGUUGAUAAUUCUUUUAAUGUAGACUAG